GUUGUGUUUAUUUCAGGAAUCUACUAUUUGAUAACAGGGAAAGGUGCCCGUUUUGAUUUUGGAUGGUAAUUACAUAGUUAACUAUUACUCAUUCUAUAGGCCUAGUGAUUUUUAUACAUGAAUAAAUGAAGUUUAAUAUUUAUUCUGUUAGAACAUUUAGAACAUUUAGUCAAAGAAUUAUUUGCAGUUGAAUAAAUACAUAUCUUAUUAUCAUUGUGCAUUGUUUUUCAAUUUAUCAUAAAAUAUAUUUUUUAGGUUUUUUUAUUCAACAUCGCCCUACAUGUGGGCAUUGAUUGGAGUAGGCUUGGCUAUCUCAUUAUCUGUAGUGGGGGCUGCAUGGUAAGUGUUUCAUUAUUUAUUUCAGGCAUAAACUACAUUGAUAAAUGUACUUUACAAAAUUUUCAUGACAAAUCAUAGCAAUAUUCUUAAGCAAAAAAUUGCUUGGACAUAACGCUGAACAAAACAUCAAGCAUAAUCGCAGAAGUUUUCGUUGGUAGACCAAAUAAAAAAAAAUAUAGAAAAGACAAUGGCAGAAAUUGAGAUAAUAAACAAUUAGUUUUUACCUCUGUAAAUGCAUACUGCAAGUGUGCCAGAUUUCCGAUGAAUGUUUUUUUAACUUUGUGCAGUAUAAUAUUCAACAUACUUUUUAUUUAUAAAUUUAUGUAAAUUUCCCUCUUGAUUUUUGUAAUCAUUUAAGAAUAUUUGGUUUAGUGAGAAAAAUGAAUGAAUUCUUCCAUAUUUUUAUGUACCACAGGGGAAUCUACACAACUGGUGUCAGCAUAGCUGGAGGUGGUGUGAAAGCGCCACGCAUUAAGACUAAGAACUUGAUCAGCAUUAUUUUCUGUGAAGCUGUAGCCAUUUAUGGUAUCAUUAUGGCUAUUGUCAUCAGCACAAAUCUAAGUGUAAGUGCUUUUAAAAACCUGCCUUUAGCCUGUGUGUUAUAAAAGACUUUUUUAGGUGAUAGCAAUUUUUAUUUUAGUUUAAAUUUGAAAUUAUGUGUCAUUAGAUUCAUUAAAAAAUUAUUUUAGAGAAAAAAAAUUACUAAAGAUUUAGGGCUUUGAAUUUUCAAUAAUUUAAUCGUGUAUUUAAAUAUUUACUCAUUCUUUUUACCAGGAUGUCAACAUGAGUCUUCUAACGGUUGAGGACAAGAUUUAUGCUAACUACGCUGCAGGUGUAUAGUCAUUCCUCUCUAAUGCUUGAAAAUCAUUACUAUAUUUCCUUCAAAAUAUAUUAAUUGAAUUAAGGGAUUUGUGUAACAACAAAAGUUAAAAUAUGUUUAAAAAAAAAAUAAUUCAAGGGUUUGGAGAUAUUUACAAAAAAAACCAACUCAUUCAUGUAAUAAUUGUUUCCAGGAUUCAAAAUGUUUGGAGCUGGCUUGACUGUAGGUAUUUGCAAUCUUGCUUGUGGCAUCUGUGUUGGCAUUGUUGGUUCAGGUGCUGCCCUUGCUGAUGCAGCCAAUGGGGCUCUCUUUGUCAAAAUCCUCAUCAUUGAGAUCUUUGGAUCUGCUAUUGGUUUGUUUGGGCUCAUCAUUGCCAUUCUACAGGUAUUUUAUUGGAUUACAAAUUAA